CAAGGCCCUUUGCGAGCGGGCUGGGCUCGCGCCACGCCGAGCCACCACCGCCACAAGCAGCCGUCGCCAUAGGAAGAGCACGUCGUCCCGUCCUCGCUUUCUUCUUCUGCCGACUGCCUCGCGCGGGUCCUCCAAUCCGCGCGCGCCCAUGGACCUCGCGGUGAGAGCGUCUGCCGCCGCGGCUUCCUCCUGCUCCCCCUACCCCACCUCGCUCCAGCACCAGCAGCCCCCCCGCGCGCGCGCCACUCACCACCUCCGCCGCCGGCGCCCCGGCCUCACACUGCCAGCUCGCCGGGUCGUCGCCGCCGCCGCCGCGUCCAUCGCCGUGGACCCGGAAACCAACGCCGAGCGGAAUGACAUCUCAGAAGCUGAGGUGUUCGCGUGCCCUGUUUGCUAUGAACCGUUGAUCAGGAAAGGCCCUCCAGGCAUAAACCUGCCAGCAAUUUAUAGGUCUGGAUUCAAGUGUUCGAAAUGCAAGAAGUCGUUCACCAGCAAAGACAUCUUCUUGGACCUCACUGUCACCUCGGGAACAAAAGAGUACAGCGAGCUGAAGCCUGCUAGAACCGAGCUGUUCAGGAGCCCGCUCGUCUCGUUCCUUUACGAGAGAGGGUGGCGCCAAAACUUCAACCGGAGUGGCUUCCCUGGUCUUGAUGAAGAGUUCCAAAUGGCUCAAGAUUAUUUUCAACCGGUAGCUGGCGGUAUACUCAUCGAUGUCAGCUGCGGCAGUGGCCUGUUUACAAGGAAGUUUGCAAAGUCUGGGGCAUACUCAGCUGUGGUUGCUUUGGACUUCUCUGAGAAUAUGCUCCGCCAAUGCUAUGAAUACAUCAAGCAAGAUGAUACCCCCCUAAACACGAACCUUGCACUCGUAAGGGCUGAUAUUUCGAGGCUCCCUUUUGCUUCAUGUUCAAUUGAUGCCAUUCACGCUGGAGCUGCUAUCCACUGUUGGCCAUCCCCUUCAAAUGCGGUAGCUGAGAUCAGCCGUGUGCUGAGGCCAGGCGGCGUCUUUGUGGCAACAACCUUCUUAUCCACCCCCACGAACAGCGGCCCCUUCUCCGUUGGACCAUUAAGGCCACUAAGACAGAUUGUUGGACCAGUGAACAGCAGCUACAAUUUCUUCACUGAAGCAGAGCUGGAAGACCUGUGCAAAUCCUGUGGCCUGGUUAACUACAGCAGCAAGGUGCAGAGGUCGUUCAUCAUGUUCUCUGGGCAAAAGCCUUAGCCAGGAAUUCCAUCCAAACAUUGUAUAGCCACAGUUUACUACUCCGUACCCCAUGAGAUAUGGAAGGCCGGAACCCGGAAGUUGUAGAUGCAGAGGCCGGAAGAAACUCUUUGCACAUAUUAAUUCGGUUGCACCGUAUAUAUGUCAGGUAUCAGUUGAUGCAUGCGAUGCGAAAGCAAGGAGAUGCGCAAAAUACCUUGAAAAGUUGAAAUCAAAGUCCCUCGUUAAUUGUCAGUGGGCACUAUAUACUGGAGUA